UCCAGCUUUGGUAUAUAAAGAAGGUCUUCACCACCCAUCCUUCUCUAUUCUUUUCUCAUCCAGCAGCGAAUCAUUCACUCCUUUUCGAAGUCCAACUUCCUGUCAUUCCUUGUUAAUACUUACUAUACCUUAAUCAACAUACUUUCCUCUCUUAUUUUCCUAUCACGCAAAUCAUCACAAUGAAGGCUGCUUUCCUCGCUGUUCUCGCCGCUCUGGCCACUUCCACCAUCGCCGCCCCUGCCGGCAGCUUGUCUGAGCUCACUCAGGUCACCAAGUCUAUCUCCUCUUCCGGCUCUUCUGUCUCCAGCGGCGCCGUUGCUCCCUCUGGUGCUGCCGGCUCUGCUAGCGGCCAUGUCGUUCAGGACCUGGGCGGCAAUGUCAAGCAGAUCCUCACCGUCACUGGACCUGAUGCCAAGCAGCUCCUCAUCGAGUUGAGCCCUGAUGUCACUGGUCUUCUCUCCAGCCUCGGCCUGCCCGGCGUCGGAGUCGCUGUUGGCAGCGUUGUUCAAUCUGCUUCUAGCCUCGGUGACCUGCUGACCGACCUCGCUCAGCCCCUCGAGGGUCUGCUCACCGUUGUUGGUCAGGAUGGCGGUGUUCUUCUCAUUCAGCUCGACCCCUCCGUCACCGCUCUUGUCUCCGGUCUCGGCCUGCCUGGUGUCGGUACCCCAGUCGGAACUGUUGUCGGUACUCUGGGUCAGAACCUGAAGCGCUCCAACGGCGAGAUUGUUCAGGAUCUUGCCCCCCAGGUCAAGAACGUCCUUGAGGUCACCGGCCCUAACGCCAAGCGCCUUCUCGUCCAGCUUAGCCCCUCUGUCGCUUCCCUCGUCGCCAAUCUCGGUCUCCCCAGUGUUGGCACCUCGGUUGGCAGCAUCGUCAAGACCGCUGGCAGCAUCGGUGACCUUCUCAAGGACCUCAGCACCCCCGUCGAGCAGCUCCUCACCGUUGUUGGUCAGGAUGGCUCCUAUCUUCUCAUUCAGCUGUCUCCUGAAGUUACUGGCCUCGUCAGCAGCCUCGGACUUCCUGGUGUUGGCACCUCGGUCGGCACUAUUGUCGGCACUGUUGGUGACAACCUGUAAAUGGGAACCAUGCUUGGUGGACGCCGCGCCAAUAUUCGACCUGUUCCAGAUACCCUUUCUCUUUUCGAUAACGUCGGUGUGAUGGCCCGAUGGGUAACCGACCAUGUAUAGCAACGAACAAGCUACAGUGUAUCUAUCUCAUUCUGGUGUAUCUAUGCGAUCCAGCCGGGGGUGUCGGUUUUGCAUAUAUUGGGAGAAACCCCAG